CAAGGGUGUCCAGCUGGCUCGGCCGCGGUGUCUUGCAGAGCCGUGGCGUGAGCAUCGAGCCGUGGCGUGAGCGACGACCGUGGCGUGAGCGACGACCGUGGCGUGAGCGACGAGCCGUGGCGUGAGUCAGGACGCCGCAGGUGGUCGGAAAGACUGCCCGCGCGUCGACAAUGAUGCUGGUCCGAGGCUCCGCUCCUGGGCCUUGGAAGGACACCAUCGAGUGGUAUCCGCUACAGCGGUUCUACAGCCGGCGCGAGCUCGCCUCUGACUUCCUGGUGCACGCGGUGGGCAUCCUCCUCGCCGCCGCCGGCAACUUGCUGCUCGCGCUACGGCUGUGGGACCUCCGGCCGCCGCCAGAGAUCGUGGGGUCGGUCGCGCUGUACGGCUUCACGCUGCUCGCGAUGAUUUCGUGCUCGGCGGUGUACAACAGCGGCCAGGUCGUGUGGAAGCACCGGGCGGUCGAGCUCAGCCAGGCGGACCACGCGGGGAUCGUCCUGCUGAUCGUGGGCACGUAUACGCCGCUGAUGGCCUGCACCUGCGCGUGGCGGCUCCUCUCGUUUGUGUGGGCGGUCGGGGUCUUCGACAUCGCGGCCAAGGCGUCGCGCGGAUGGCUCGACCGGCUGCCGCUGCACGUGGUCUGCUUCCUCCUCAUGGGGUGGAGCGUGCUCAUCGCAUGGGAGAGCGUGGCGGCCAACUUCAGCCGGUGGGCGUGCCAGAUGUUUGUGACUGGGGGCGUCCUCUACACCGUCGGCCUGGUGCCGUGGGGCAUCAGGCGGCUCGAGGGCCACGUCGCCAUCUGGCACGUCUUCGUCAUCGCAGCCUCGUCCGCCUUCUUCAGCGUCGUCUACACCGAGGUGUGCGCAAAGAGGAGAGGCGCCGUCUGCGCUGACUCUAUUCUGAACGCAACGACGGCGUGAGGAGUCGGUGGUCUCUCUCGCGACGCCACGAGCUCCAGCUUUCGACUCUCCCCGACGUCUCUGCUCCCUUCCCGCAGCUGUGUUCUCUGACUCUGUGAUCCCCACGAUUUCCCGGGUCGGGGUGUGUCCAGUACUGACACGCCGCGGCGUACGAGGCUCGUGCGCCUAGGUCGCUCGUGCCUUACGAAGAUGAUAUAUGUGUCAUGUGUAUUGUGUUGUUGUCAUGGCCGCGAUGUGGCGCGUAAAUUCGUUCGUACAUGC